AAACAUUUUCCUCAGUGUUUUUAGUUACCACAUGUAUCCUCCUGUACAGUAGUGGAAGGUAUAAAAAGGUUCUCAAUGGAUCACUUCGAGAAGGAUUUAGUUGAUGCGCUUAAAGACAUUGUCAAGGCUGGAAACUGGCAGUGUGUGGGAGACAAAUCUAAAUUUAAGUCACCAUGCACGAAGUUUUACUCAGAUGAUGGAGAGCAUAUAGUCCUGGUGCAUACAGAGGAUGAUAAAUUCUGGGCUAUGGAUUCAUCUUGCCCACAUGAAGGGGGCCCACUUGAGCAAGGUGAUAUUGAGGAUCUGGGCAAUGGGAAACUGGCUUUGAUUUGCCCAUGGCAUUCCUUUGAUUUCUGCCUUGAAACUGGUUCCUCUUCCUCUGGACUACAGAACCAAGUGUAUGAUGUCCGAAUACUGGAUGGAAAAGUGUAUAUAAAUACUCAAAGCACACUGUCCCUCUGUCCCAUCCCAGUGACAAAGAUAACCCACCAAGACAGUUUACCCAUUGAAAUAAGCUCCUCUGAAAACACACUUUGCACAUGGGCCACUAAAAUCCUUAACACCCCAGAUCCACAGGAAAAGGUUUCAUUGACCAAGAUGGUGCAAGAGAACUGGAACGGUGGGAAAAUAACAGAAACUGGAGAGACCAUCCCUCCUGCACAUCCAAAAAGAAAAGACAAUCUGACUGUUGUGGAGCCUGGAAAAAUCAAACGGGGCAAAGGCGGCACACUGGCGAGUAGGAUUGCCUUAUUGCACUCACUUGCUAACAUAGAGCAGUGGGCAAUAGACCUGUCCUGGGAUGUGAUAGCAAGAUUCUCCUCUUUUAGGUUGAGCACUGGAGAGCCAUUACCUCGCCAGUUCUUUGAUGACUUUGUCAAAGUAGCAGGAGAUGAAGCCAAGCAUUAUCAGUUACUAGAGCAAAGGAUUACGGAACUUGGCAGCUUCUUUGGUGCUUUACCAGUACACAACGGUUUAUGGCAGUCAGCAACAGAUACGUCUCAUGACCUUCUGGCAAGGCUAGCUAUAGUGCACAUGGUCCAUGAGGCCAGAGGUUUAGAUGUGCACCCUCAGACUCUGUCCCGCUUCGCCUCUCAGGGAGACACAAGCUCAGUGAAGGUGUUGGAGGUGAUUUAUGCUGAUGAGAUCACACAUGUGGCUGCAGGGUUGAGAUGGUUCACAUACAUCUGCUCACAAGAAGGACGGGAUUCCUUGAAAACAUUCCAUGAAUUGGUGAAGUUGCAUUUCAAAGGGUUUUUGAAGCCUCCAUUCAAUACAGAAGGAAGGAAGACAGCAGGAAUGACAGAAGAGGUAAACGUACCAUUGUUGAAUUUAAAAAAAAAAAAAAAACAGCCCUCUCCUUUUACCACGUAACUUAAAACAAAUAAUAAUCUUUGAUGAUGUUUUAUAUUAUGAAAGUUUUUGUAAUGAUCACCCUCUUUACCUACAGUGGUAUGUUCCUCUUGUCAAGCCCUCCAUCUUACAGAAGACCUCCUGAGUGGACUUAUUUUUAUUCAGAAUAAAAAGCUGCUUUGCAUCCUGAAAAAAGGGGACUCUGAAUGGCGAGUGUGCUUGCAUGAUUCAGAUGCACCCUAAGGGUGGGUAAAGAAAUCACAGAAUGGAUCUGUGAAUCCAGAAAUAUGUGGAUUAAUUUUUCCAUAGUAACCACUAUUUAUAGGUUUCUUUAAUUCUUGCGUAAGAAAUUAAAUUUAAUCAAUGAACUUGAAUUUUAUGGAUUUCAUUUAAAUACAUUAAUAAAUAAAUAAACCUA